UCUGGUUUCUCCCUUUACAUCCUUUCAGUCCCGUAAAAAUCCAUUCGCUGCUGCGGCUGGUUCUUCCGCUCCUGCGCGGGCGCUCCUCACCCGUUAGAAACUGCGGAAGGUUUUUAAAAUUUCUCACGAAUGGCGUCGACAUCCGCAUCUGAAACCACGGCGCCGCCGCAGCAGCAGCAGCAGCAGCAGCAGCAGCCGGCGGCGCCGCACUCGCAGUCUAAAGUGAAGCUGUCGCUGGACGAGAUCUCCAAACUCUUCUCGCUCCCCAUCGCCGAGGCCGCUUCCAUCCUAGGUGUCUGUACCAGUGUAUUGAAGAGGAUAUGCCGUGACAACGGCAUUGCAAGGUGGCCAUAUCGGGAAGACUUUUGAAGAUAUCAAAAGAGAUGCUGAAAGAGAGAAAACUAAAGAGUCAGCUGAUUCAUCAAAAAAGACAAAACAAAAAGCUGAUGCUACAAAAGCGAUGCCUGCAAACUCAGUCGGUUCAUCGUCAACAUUUGAAGAUCAAAAUAACUCCAAAUCCCAAAGCGGAGUUCCCACACACAGUCACAUUCUACAACAAGGCGUUAGGUUUGCACAGGGUGUGUCACCUAAUAAUAUGCUCCAUUUAAGCCAAAUCAGGAACAUCCCCACCUUCAUGGAUGAAUUCAAGUAUGGGUUCCCAACUAGGGGCUUAUCAUCUCUUUCAAACAAAUGGUGGGGAAGCGGCAACAGCGACAGCAGUCCACUAAAAUCUUCAGCUGUAAAAGAUGAAAGCCAAGAAUCCUGUGAGUUAUCGAAUGAAACUUCAAAGUGCACGAUGGAUGAUAUGGCAGAUUCCGGUACGGAGGAUAGCGCGGCCACAAGUGUACCAUCUGCUGUUUUGUGCUCUCUGAGAAGAAAGGCUCUCGAAGAUGGGAGAGGAUUACUAAAGGAUGGAGCCUGUAAUGGAUGUGAACUUCACAAGUUGAAUAAGAGGCAGAGGCUAGUGCUAGCUCAAGUGUUUGGAUCUUCAUUGCCUGAUAAAUGGAAGGAUAGAUGAUCUAAAUCUUUUUGGUCAUUCUGUUAUAUGUAACUCCAUGGGGAGCUUUUCCCUUACAGAUAACUCGACCUCGACCAAUUUCUAGCUACUAUUUUGAGUUUUAUGUCAUUCACGUGCCCCGGUCAAUAUAUAUAUAUUUUUCCCCCAUGUCGGUGGAAAGAGUAAAUUUCCCAUAAAUAGGAAAGAUUGCUGACCAAGGAUUCUAUGUUGGCUACAUCUGUGACUUGUUAAUGGAACCACAGUUAAUAACUCAUGGUGGUAGAAGUGUUACGGAGGAACUUUAUUACUGCGCUCUUGAAUUCAGCUGUAUGUUGAUAAAUUUGGCAAUGCUGAUUAUUUGUUGAUUUAGGAUGUUGAUGUGUUAGGCACUUGAAUAUUGGAUAGUUCUGGUCUUGUAUUCAGGUAUUUUGAAUUGUGGUAAUGUUAUUUCUUUUACACAUUUUGAGUUCU